CUCACAUUUAUCAUGAUAAAGUGAUAGGUCAGCCUGUAGUACUUUUUUCUUUAAGCAAGUCAUGACGUGUUCUUUGCUAUCUUUUAAUUCCUGUUAUGAAAUGAGAGGUAAACAAUCUCAUCAGCGACUUCUACUUCUAAUCAGAGGAUCUUUGAUGUCGCUCCCUGUUGCAAUAAUAUUAUUAUUUUCUUGUUAUACUAGUUUCUGUGUCCCCUCACUUGCAACUUCUCAACCAACAAAUGAAGCAGCAUCUGCGCUUUUGAAAUGGAAAGCCAGCCUUGAUAAACAAAGCCGGUCAUUUCUUUCUUCAUGGACCGGAAGCAACCCGUGCCAUGAUAAUUGGAUAGGAAUUGGAUGCAGUAACCGUGCUGCAUCCGCCGAAAGUGUUGUAACAAGCAUCAGAAUUCAGGAUUUAAACUUAACAGGUACACUUGAUGAUCUUGAUACAUGGUCAUUAAGGGAUCUUGAAUAUUUUGAUCUUUCAUUUAACUCUCUCUAUGGCCACAUUCCUUCCAGCAUUGGGAACAUGUCUGAGCUCAUAUAUCUUGACUUGUCUAGUAAUAAGCUCUCAGGGGUGAUUCCAUCAGAGAUAGGAAUGCUACCAUCUUUGCUAUACCUUUAUGUGAACAGAAAUCUUCUUACUGGUCAUAUCCCAAAUAGCAUAGGUAACAUCACAAAGAUAAUUGUCGUUGAUUUGAACACAAAUUGUCUUAGUGGUCGUAUUCCAAAUAGCAUUGGCGCCAUCAAAAGCUUAACUCAGCUUAACUUAUCUAAAAAUGAACUUAUGGGAUCCAUCCCUCCAGAUAUUGGGACACUUCUAAAGAUCUGGAAACUUGACAUUUCUUCAAAUAAUCUUACUGGGGUGAUUCCUUCAACACUAGGAAAUUUAACCAAUCUCGUUUACCUUUGUCUGUAUGAUAAUAAACUCUCUGGGUCCAUCCCACCCGAACUUGUUGGGGCCAGGGAUCUCAUAGAUCUUCAGAUUGGCAAGAACCUUAUCACCGGUACCAUUCCAAUUACCUUCCGAAAUUUCAGUAGGUUAGAAAGGAUGCACUUUGGUGAAAACCAUAUAUCUGGCUCAAUUCCAGAUUAUAUUGCCAAUUUCACCGAUCUUAAAGUGUUGGACUUAAGUUUGAACCAAUUCAGUGGCCUCAUACCUCCUGAACUAGGAAAGAGAACAGCUUUUGUUACGUUUAACUUGUUCGGGAAUAAUCUUGUAGGUUCUAUUCCUCAAGAUAUGAAUCUAACUAGGAUGGAAGAGUUCAGGGUAGCCCAAAACAUGCUCUCUGGUCAUUUACCGAACGCAAUCUGUGUUUCCAGACUUCUUAAAAAGUUAGGUGGGGCGAACAAUUUCUUCUCAGGUCCUGUACCAAAGAGCCUUAAAAACUGUACCAGCUUACGAAGAGUUCGGCUAAAUGGAAACCAACUGACUGGAAACAUCUCGGAAGAUUUUGGGAUAUAUCCUGAGAUGGAUUAUAUAGAUUUGAGCAAUAAUAAUUUCUAUGGUGAGGUGUCUAGUAACUGGGGGCACUGUCCCAAUUUAACUAGCUUAAAGAUAUCCAACAACAAUUUGUCUGGAAAAAUAUCUACAGAGCUAGGAGGAGCAACAAGAUUAGUCAAGCUGCAUCUCUCAUCAAAUCACUUAGUUGGUGAAAUCCCAAAGAGCUUUGAAAGAUUAAGCUCAUUGAUGUACAUGUACCUAGAUGACAAUAAGUUAUCUGGUUCAAUUCCUUCACAACUGAGAGAUUUGUACAGCUUGGAAGAACUUAACCUGGGGAAGAAUUCUCUUUCUGGCCCUAUCAAUGAAAAUAUAGGAGAAUGCAUAAAGUUAAGGAGCUUGAACUUAAGCAGUAACAAAUUUGAGGGAGUUAUUCCGGUGCAUAUUUCCAAGUUGGAAAAGUUAGAAUCUCUUGACAUAAGUGAAAAUUAUUUAACUGGGAGCUUACCUUCUCAGCUUGGGGUUCUACAGUUUCUACAGACAUUAAAUCUCUCUCAUAAUUACCUCACAAGCUCUAUUCCUUCAAGUUUCACUGAAAUGUUGAGUUUAACUACAGUUGAUGUAUCUUUCAAUCAGCUAGAGGGACCACUUCCGAAGAUGCGAGCUUUUGAAGAUGCUCCAAUGGUGGCACUUGGACAUAACAAGCGAUUAUGUGGAAAUAAUACAGGUUUAGAUUGUCCCAUCCAAGAAAGAAACCAAGGUAAUAAAAAGAAUAUGAUUCUAAUCAUAUUUCCUACUUUGGGAUGCAUGUUGUUUUUGUUUUUUGUUGGUGUCAUAUUCUGUUAUCUCCACAAAACAAAUACAAAUGAUACAGUUAGGACACAAGUGACUGAAACGAACCCUUUUACUAUCUGGAGCUAUGAUGGGAAAAUGGUGUAUGAAAGCAUCAUUGAAGCCUUAGAUGACUUUGACUCAAAGCAUAUUGUUGGGGUUGGUGGACAUGGAACUGUUUAUAAAGCAGAAUUAUUAACACAAGUCUUGGCGGUGAAAAAAAUUCACACACUAGAAGACAGUGAGUCACAAAAUCUCAAGAGUUUUGAAAAUGAGAUCCGAGCAUUGAUUGAAAUACGUCAUCAAAACAUUGUCAAGCUCUACGGAUUUUGUUCACAUUCAAGACACUCAUUUUUGGUCUAUGAGUUCUUGGCGGGGGGAAGCUUAAGGAAGGUACUGAAUCACAUAGAACGAGCUGUUGAAUUUGAUUGGAAAAAAAGGGUGAUGGCUGUUAAAGGUAUUGCAAAGGCCUUAUCCUAUAUGCACCAUGAUUGUUCACAACCAAUAAUCCACAGAGAUUUAUCGAGCAGCAAUGUUUUAUUCGAUUUGGAUUGGGUUGCUCAUAUAUCUGAUUUUGGCACGUCCAGACUAUUAAAGCCAGACUCCUCUAAUUGGACCUCAUUUGCUGGAACCUUUGGUUAUGCUGCUCCAGAACUUGCAUACACGAUGGAAGUGAACGAAAAGUGUGAUGUCUACAGCUUUGGGGUACUAACACUAGAAAUUAUAAUGGGAAAGCAUCCUGGAGAUUUCCUCUCUUCAUCACAAGACAUGAAAGGAGUAUCUUGGACUGGAAUUCCGGACCAACGCCUUGCUCCACCUGAGGAACAAAUUGCUGAGGAAGUAGAAUCACUUGUUGAGGUAGCAUUCUCAUGCCUGCGUAAGAGCCCUCACUCUAGGCCAUCAAUGAGGGAUAUUGCUCUUGGUUUUUUAGGUGCUGCUAAAAAGAUCAAAGACUGAAUUGAUUCCUGCUUUUAUUGUACUACACAAUCUUGGCUUGAGAUUGUUCAAGUUGAGCUUAAGGAUCAAAACAAGCUGAUAGUAUGUAACAAGCCGAGCUCGAGCGUUUCAAGCAUAAAGUAAUUUAUGUAUGAUAAUCUUGAAAGAUAAUAAUAGUUUUCGAUUUUUCUAAUAAA